AUGACUCCUAAGAAAAAAAUAUUUCAAAAUUUUCAAGAAAAUGAAAAUGAGAUAUUAAGUCCAACAAAAAAAGGAAUAAAAUUAAAUGUUAGUAAAUUAAAUAUUUUAAAUUUUGAAAACACAAUAAAAAAAGAAGAAAAAAAUAAUUAUCACUACAACACAUCAAUAAAUAAAGAAAUAGAUCAGGAUUUAAAUCAUAAUAUAAUAAAUACACAUAAUAAUAAAAAAAAUAAUUUUAAUAUAUAUGAUUAUAAUAAUAUAAAAAAUAGUACACAAGAUUUUUAUAUUGAUUUAAACGAACAUAAUAAACAAACCAUUGAAUAUAAUGGUAACAAAUUUAUUUCUAUAAAUAAAAAAGAAAAAUAUAAUCUAGAUGAAUCCUCUUCUUCAUCCUUAUCAUCAUCAUCAUCAUUAUCAUCAUUAAGAAAUACCUUCGAUGAAUACGAAAAUACAAUUAAAAAAAAAAAUAACACUAGUCUUAUUUCUUUAAAUAAUAAUAAUUGUAAUUACAAUCAUAAGAAUAAACAUCAAAUUUAUAAUAACAUAUCAGAAAAACCACAAAAAAAAGAUAUACAUACUCUUCCAUCCAAUCAACAAAUAAAUAAAGAAAAAACAAAUAACACACAUAAUAUAUAUCAAGAUAAAAUGACAAAAAAAAAUAUAUCCAAAAAAAAUACAUUCAAUCUAAAGAAUAAUCAAAGUAACAAAGAAAAAGAAAACAAAAGGACAAGUGAUCAAAGUCAAGAUGAAAAUAAUAAUUUCGAAAAAAGAAUUUUAAGAAGUCAUACCAAAAACAAUGAUCAUGUGAAAAAUAUUUUAAAAAAUAAUAUAAAAAAUAAUAUAAAAAAUAAUAAUAUAAACAAAAUGAAUAAUCUUAAAAGAUCUAGUCAAUCCAUUGCAAUCGAUUCAGAUUUAUUAAGUCCUCAUAAAAGUAAAAGAAUUAAAUAUGAUGAAAAAAAUAUUCCAGAUAGGAAUAAUAAUACCAAAAAAAAAAAAAACCCACCUAAUAAUAAUAAUAAUAAUAAUAAUAAUCACAAUAAUAAUAAUAAAUAUAAUGUCAAUAAUAAUUAUCCUACUGAUAGUAACAACAAACAUACAAAUAACAAUCAAAAUAAUAGAUACAAUAAAUCAAAAACAAUAAAUACAUAUAAUCAACAUUCAAAAGAUAAUACACAGGAAAUCACAAAAAAAUUCAAAAGUAGAUAUAUAAACACAUAUACAAUGGAAGAAGUGCAAAGAACUAUAAAAAGUAAUACAAUUAAAGUUGUUACUGAAAAUUCUUGUGAAUAUCAAGAUGGUAUUAUAUAUGAAUCUCUCAUCAUUAAUGAUGAGGAAUAUAGUAUAGGAGAAGAUGUAUUAAUUUUCUAUACACCCAACAAUAACAACAACAACAAUAAUAAUAACAACAAUAAUAAUAAUAAUAAUUUUAAUAAUAAGAAGAAUAAUCUAAAAUGUGAUGAUAUUAAAAAUCAAAAUAAUAACUAUAAUGUCAAAUCUAAUAAUGUAAAAGAUAAUAUUUAUCUACUAAAAAAAGGGAAAAUCUCAAGCUUCUAUAAAAGCACUAACAGUAAAAUUAUAGAAGUAGAAAUAUGUUUUUAUUAUGACGAAUGUGAUGAAGAACUUAUAAGAGGACUUGAAAAAAAACAAACAUCUAGGAGAUGUAAAGAAGAUUUCAAUAUUUAUCUUAAUGAUGAUACUAAAUAUUAUAAUCUACUAGGAAAUAUUAGCUUCACUAUAUUAAAUGCUAAUUAUAUUUAUAAAAAAAUAUAUGUCUACAAUGAAAUAGAAAACUUUGAAGAAGAUACACAUGCAAGAAAAGGAAAAAAUAAAUUUCUAUGUACACAUUAUAUAAAAGAUAAAGAAGAUCGAUUAUGUUUCAUACCUAAUGAUGAACACUGGAAUAAUCUAGUUUUGGGUUCUAGUGAUUUAUAUUAUUAUUUUGCUAAUGAAAAAAAAUUAAAUAAAAAUAAAUCAUUAAAACUUAUUAUAGAAAAAUUAAAGAUAAAUGAUAAAAUAAAUGAUAAGACAAAUGAUACACAUGGAUCCCAAAAAAGUAAUAAAAAGGGAUAUACAAAUAAAUCACAAACAACAACAAAUGCAAAUUCAAAUACAAAUGCAAAUGUAAAUGCAAAUUCAAAUACAAAUGCAAAUACAAAUGCAAAUAUAAAACAUGUGAGUUAUAUUAAUAAAUCCAAAACUACCAAAUAUAAAGAUAGUAAUGCAGAUUCAUUUUCACUCAAUGUUAUCAAAAAAAAUGAUCAUAAUAACAACGAUUUACAAUCAUCUCUUAAAGAAGAUCAAGAAAAUUAUUAUAUUAAUUUAUUAAAAAAUAUUAAAGAUCCAACAGAUAAAGCUAUACGUAUGAUGCAGUUAGAUGUAGUACCUAAAUAUUUACCAUGUAGAGAAAAAGAAAUUAAAGAAGUACAUGGAUUCUUAGAAUCUGGAAUUAAACAAUCUGGAAGUAAUCAAAUCUUAUAUAUUAGUGGAAUGCCAGGAACAGGCAAAACAGCUACUGUCUAUAGUGUAAUACAAUUAUUGCAAAUAAAAAGUAAAAAAAAAUUACUACCAUCAUUUAAUGUAUAUGAAAUUAAUGGUAUGAAUGUCGUUCAUCCUAAUGCAGCAUAUCAAGUUUUCUAUAAACAAUUAUUUAAUAAGAAACCACCCAAUGCUUUAAAUUCAUUUAAAAUUAUUGAUAGAUUAUUUAAUAAGUCUCAAAAAGAUAGUAGAGAUGUUUCUAUAUUAAUUAUAGAUGAAAUAGAUUAUUUAAUAACAAAAACACAAAAAGUUUUAUUUACAUUAUUUGACUGGCCUACUAAAAUUAAUAGUAAACUUGUUCUUAUUGCUAUAUCUAAUACAAUGGAUUUACCAGAUAGACUAAUACCUAGAUGUAGAUCAAGAUUAGCUUUUGGUAGAUUAGUUUUUAGUCCAUAUAAAGGAGAUGAAAUUGAAAAAAUUAUUAAAGAAAGAUUAGAAAACUGUAAAGAAAUUAUAGAUCAUACAGCUAUUCAAUUAUGUGCUAGAAAAGUAGCUAAUGUAUCAGGAGAUAUUAGAAAAGCAUUACAAAUUUGUCGUAAAGCUUUUGAAAAUAAAAGAGGAAAUAAAAUCGUUCCAAGAGAUAUAACUGAAGCAACAAAUCAAUUAUUUGAUUCUCCAUUAACAAAUGCUAUAAAUUAUUUACCUUGGGCUUUUAAAAUAUUUCUUACAUGUCUUAUCAUUGAAUUAAGAAUCAUUAAUGAAUUUGUUAUACCAUAUAAAAAAGUAGUAAAUAGAUAUAAAAUACUUAUAGAAACAAGUGGAAAGUAUAUAGGCAUGUGUAGUGAUAAUGAACUCUUUAAAAUCAUGUUAGAUAAAUUAGUUAAAAUGGGAAUACUACUUAUCAGACCAUAUAUACCAUUAGAAGAUAUAUCCAAAAAUAAAUCCAAAGAAGCAUUACUAGGUUUCAAUGAAUCCUCCAAAAAAACAAAUAAUCAGAAAAUUAAUAGAGCACAAGUAAGUCCAGAUAUUGAUAAAGAAUCUGGAGACAUGGGAAUAGAACUUAAUGUUGAAACACAAUUGAUCAUAACAGCCUUAAUGAAAGACCCAGACUGUUCAAAGAAAUUAAACUUUUAUUAG